AAGACAAAUGGCGGAAAUGAUGGAAAACUUGGUGAUGACUAAUGUUACAGAAUACGAUGCCAAUUUGAAGCUGUUUGAAAAGGAAAUUGUGCAGGGGCCUCGAAUAUCCUAUAGUAUACAAUUGAAGCUUUACGAUAUUCUGGUUCCAUUGGUUGCUGGUUUAAUAAUUAUUCUAAAUCUUUUGGUGGUUUGUUCAAGUGGAUUGAUAUUGAAAAAACGACAGCAGCCACGUAGCACAUAUAUAUUUCUUGGAAACAUUGCUUUGGCCGAUAUGUUAACUGGCGUAUCAACAUUGAUUGGUCAAUAUUAUCCCAAAGACAUACGCACUGAAAUGAUGUGCUGCAUUCAAAUAGGUAUGAUAAUAUCAGCCACACUAGCUUCCAUUUAUAGCAUUGCACUAAUAGCUGUUGAUAGAUAUUUGUAUAUACUAUAUGGUUUAAAGUAUAAACAAUAUCUGUCUUCGAAACGUGCACGUUUUAUGGUGCUUAUGACAUGGAUUAUUGGAAUCUUUGUCGGAUUCCUCCCAGCAAUGGGUAUAAGGAAUUCAACAGAUAGUGGUAGAUUUUGUUGGCUGAUUAUUUUGGAACCCACACCUUUAAUUUUAAGUACUGUAAUGGUUGGUGUAAUGCCUCUGUUUCUUAUUAUCAUCCUCUAUGGAAUUAUACUAAAGAAGGCUUUGGGUAAAAUAUCCGAGAUGAAAUCGCAUCAAAAUGGUGCUAUAACACAAAGUGAUGACAGUAAAAGACAGCUAAGGUAUUUUCGUGGCAAUUCGAAUAAACUGAAAAAUUCUACCCGAUCGGCAGCGAUUGUAAACACUGAAGAUGGAACGAGUGAUAAAAGAAUUAGUUACAUUCAGGAAGAAGUGAUUAUCGAUGAAACGACAAAUUCGAAACGUUCGUUUUUUAACUGCUGUCGACGAAGUACCACUCUGAAGAUUUCGUCGGUGUAUAGCCCAAGUCGAUGGAAGGCCAUUAAAAUUGUCGUUUUUACUGCAGGAUGUUUUUUUGUUACUUGGGUGCCAUAUUUUCUGGCUUGUGCGCUUUACGUUGUGUGUGAGAAGGAUGGAGCACCGAAAUACUGUAAUAGCUUACGUGUUGCUAUUGCCAGUCCAUUGGCAAUACUCGGUUUGGCUAAUAGUCUUCUAAAUCCCAUAAUCUAUGCAUGGUGGCAUAAUGGAUUUCGGGAGUCUGCCAAAAACAUUUACAACAAUAUAUGGAGGCAACGUAUUAGACCUAUUAUACCUUUUACCAAAAAAGAUUCGAAAAAUGAAAUUAAUAGCAGUAAAGAAAUAAAAUCGGAGAAUUCACGUGAUAAACCUUCGCAUAGCACAAGCAUAAGUGCGUCCACAGCUUCCAGUUCAGUUGAGGGUUCUGAAAAUAAAAAUGUUUCUACUAGCAUUGCAACAGAAGCUGAAAUAAAUACAGUUACGAUAUAAAUUCUUUAAAAUUUCGAAUCUCCGGACGCAGGACUCACUCGAAAAUUUUUGAAAUUCAAUAAUUUUGAUAUUAUAAUAGAUUUUUUUUAAACUCUUUUAUUACUCUUAAUUAAGGUAUAAAUAAAAACGAUUUAUUAGCACAAAAGAGGUUGGGGCUUUUAUCACAUAAGUUCUACUUGUGCUUUGUAAAUAUACGACAAUCAACAAUUUUGGAAUAUAAAAUUGU